GCAACGAGGUGUGACAUGAAGAUGUAGAAUCCGUCGUCCGUUGUGUGUUAGUGCACCGAAGCAUGGCGGCUAGGAGCGUCCACGUCCCCUCGCUGUUGCUGCUGCUGCUCUCCCUGCGGGCCUUGCAGACACCAGCUGAGAGCUCAGAGGGUCAGCUGCUGUGCCUGUGCGACAGUCCCAAGUGCCUGCAGGAACAGUGCCGCGGCACCCGCUGCUUCUCGUCGGUGCGGGUGGGCUCCGGCGGCGUCGUCUUUGAGCGCGGCUGCCUGGAGGGUCCCAAGAAGACGCGGCUGCACUGUUCCACGGCGCCCUCCUCACGCCGCGCCAUCCGCUGCUGCUCGCAGCACCUGUGCAACGGCAACACCACCAGGAGCGCCGUCAUCGCCUUGCUGCCUUCGGCUCCGCGGGGCGAGCCGGCGGGCUACGGCGCGGGCGCGCCGGCUCUCCUGGCGCUGGGUUUGCUGGCGGCGCUGGCGGCGUUGACGGCGGCGUCGGCGCUGGCCUGCAGGAGGCUCCGCCGCGGGAACCUGCACAGGCUGCGGGAGUUCGAUACCGAGCAGGGCGCUGCGGACGGACUCGUCACCGCCAACGUGGGGGACACCACUUUAGCCGACCUGCUGGACCACUCGUGCACAUCAGGAAGCGGGUCGGGCCUUCCUUUCCUGGUUCAGAGGACUGUUGCUAGGCAGAUUAGUCUGAUGGAGUGCGUAGGCAAGGGCCGCUACGGCGAGGUGUGGCGAGGCCAGUGGCAGGGCGAGAACGUGGCCGUCAAGAUCUUCUCCUCCAGGGACGAAAAGUCCUGGUUCCGCGAGACCGAGAUUUACAACACGGUGCUCCUGAGACACGAAAACAUCCUGGGCUUCACGGCGUCCGACAUGACGUCUCGCAACUCCAGCACGCAGCUGUGGCUGAUCACGCACUACCACGAGAACGGGUCUCUGUACGACUACCUGCAGCGGGCGGCCGUGGAGACGCGCCAGGGCCUGGCCAUGGCGGCGUCGGCGGCCAGCGGCCUGGUGCACCUGCACACCGAGAUCUUCGGCGCCGAGGGCAAGCCGGCCAUCGCGCACCGCGACCUAAAGAGCAAAAACAUCCUGGUGACCAAGGAGCUACGUUGCUGCAUCGCAGACUUGGGUCUGGCGGUGACCCAUUCCCAGGCUGAUAACCUCCUGGAUGUGGGCAACAACCCCAAAGUGGGGACCAAGCGCUACAUGGCUCCCGAGGUCCUGGAUGAGAGCUUACGUACAGAGUGCUUUGACGCCUUCAAGCGGGUGGACAUUUGGGCCUUCGGGCUGGUCCUGUGGGAGAUCGCCAGGCGCUCGUACAGCAACGGUCUUGUGGAAGACUACAAGCCUCCGUUCUACGACCUGGUGCCGAACGACCCGAGCUUCGAGGACAUGAGGAAGGUGGUGUGCGUGGAGCAGCAGAGGCCCUUCAUUCCGAAUCGUUGGUUCUCUGAUCCGACGCUGUCGGCUUUGGUGAAGCUGAUGAAGGAAUGCUGGUACCAGAACCCGUCGGCCAGGCUGACGGCGCUGCGCAUCAAGAAGACCUUGGACAAGAUUCACAGUUGCCUGGACAAAGUGAAGGACUCAUGAGAGCGAGGGGGGGGUGGGCGAGGCGUAGGGGUGGGAAGCUCGAACCCCCGCGUCUUCCUUUUUAAAAUCCCGCGGUGGCCUUCUGAGGACUUGUGGGACUGCCCCGCCCACGCGGAGGACCGUGGACUUCUUCAACUCAUGUGGUCUUUUCCGAUCCGCGGCUUCGGUGUGGCUAAAGGCGAUCGACAAGCUGUUAGCGAGACGAUAAAUGCUACCAUUAAAAAAAAAUAAUUACUCCAAUUGUAAAAGUUGCGAGAGAUUUCUGCGCAAAUUUACAAAAUUUCCUACCUUAGAAAUUUCUUCCAGAAGCAAUUCAUUUCGUAAACUGAUUAAGCUUCUCAAUUAAUUUUUGGCAACAGGGGGCCUUUUUCAAUGCAAAUGAGGCAAGACGUGCGCGGCCGUUGAGAGCAGAUGGCAUUUAUUGACACUUUUUUUUUUUUUUUUGGUCAUUGCGCACCUACAAAAUUUCCGCCGUGUGAACAAACCUGUUCUACAAACGGUUAUAAAUGAAGCCUCAGGAGUCGAAAAGUAGCCCCCUGCAAACUCGGAAUGAAUCCGCAACCUUCACAGCAAUCUGUCGGGUAAAGUCUUAUACGGGUUGAGGAUGCCCCGAGGGUCCAGCAUGGCCUUGACGCCCGCCAUGACGGCCACCGCCCGGCUGGACUUGCUGUAGUAGAUGUAGUUCCUCUUCUUUAGGCCCAGGCCGUGUUCGGCGCUCACGCUGCCCCGCCGGGCCGACGUCCACUCGUACACGAACGGCUCGAUGGCGGCCAGCAACUUGGCGUCUUUGGUGGGCGAGGUGAUGUUCAGGUGGAGGUUGCCAUCUCCUGUGCCGCAGUGGAAGAGAAGAGGCGGCUACGGGGGGUGUAUUUGCAUCAACACUUUCCCUUUAAAUAGAUGCCGAGUCACAAAAUAUGUUCCUGGAGUUGGAUAUUGGAGUUGAGAUUUACUCGAUGUGGCGAGAGAGAGAGUGGCUUACCUCGAAAAGACAUCCACUUUUGGAAAAUAAACUCCUCCCUUCAAUAAA